UGGCUGGCCGGCGCUUGUUGAAGAAGCCCCGUCGGAGCCUCAGGACAGACUGCAGGUGGAAGACGAUGAGAGAGAUGAUGCCAGGACAGAGCCCUCUGCUGCUGACGGUACUGCGAGAGCUGAGAAAUUUGUUGAUCUGUUUCAAAUCUGGUUGUAUGAAGAAGAAUGUCUGAGGACGGGAUCAGAAUCAGUGGAGGAAAAGAUCUGCAAAUUAGAGAGUGCCUGUAAAGUGCUGAAGAUGAUUCAGAUAGUUAUCGACUCUUUGAAGACUGGCAAUGUCUGCAACCUUCCUUUUACCAUGAAUAAGUCUGAGAGGAUUCAAGAUGUCCAGGAGAGGUUUGAGCAUAUGAAAGCUUAUAUGGAGCUACGGCGAUACAUGUUGACCAUGGUCCAGAGGCAAUUCAGGGAUUUUGUGGAGCAGGGAAAACCAUUGAAGAUUUGGUUGUCAGAAGCACUGGAGCUUCAGGAGGGCCUCCACAGCUCAACAUGUGUCCAGCAUAAUGUCGUCCAGCAGCAUCUCUUCCUUCUCCAGAUUAUCAGGAAAGGCUGCACAGUAUUCCAAGCGAACCUGGAUGUGUAUAAGCACGCCGCAAGUGUAGUGACAACUACACUACAGGAGAUCAACACUUGGUCAGAUGUUUUCCAGCAAGCGUUAAGUGAAAAAACCAUUCAAAAUAGCUCAAAACGAUGGACGGAAAUUGUGCUGGAUUCCGUAACCGCGGAGAUUACACAGGUGGAUCAGCACUUCUCUACUCUCAACAAGCUAAAUCAGUGUUAUCAGACACACCUGGAGGGUCUCCACCAGAGGGCGCUCCAAAGCCACAAUGCACAACAGAGCCAGCGGAUUCCCGGAAAAUUAAUGCAUAGAUCUCCCAGUGUCUCUUGAUGUCUUCUCGAGGAAGGAACCGGUUUAUGAUGAUUCCGUUGGAACCUUAAUAUUAUAAGCCUUCAACAAAAAAAAAACAAAAAAAGCUCAGCGAUGUUCUUUACACCUUAUCCUGGUGCUUAUUGGGAAACACCACUUAAAAUAAUGUUACCCAUUUAAGAUUAAUCUGCAUGGUAAUAAAACUUACCAACAUAACCCCUGAUACUUACUUCAAACAGGAUUUCUGCCUGAAAGUGUCUGCUUAACUCACAAAAAAUAAAUGAAUACUACAUUCCUAACAA